ACCACCUAACCAUCCAGACGAAACCUACGAGAACACGCUGUGUUGCCUGCGCAUUUUCUCCGUAUUCUGCUGAAUUGUCGAGCACGCGGCAAUGAAGCUGCGCCAGUUCUCAAAAGGCCUCCUGAUUUUAAUCCGCCAUUUUAACAGUGUGUAAAUGCGACAGUGACGAAGAAAAUAGUGAAUCUUUUGUCGCUGAAAGUGAAAGCGCCACUACGCACUGUGCAUACGUCGACGAUGAGAACUCAGAUGACGAUCUCCGGCUUUAUCCAACGAAUGACCGAAUACCUCAAGAUGAACUUCGUCGUAUGAGAUCUGCCAGCCGUGUUUGCUUGCCAGAGCCAUGUGACAACCUAACAGCGUAUUCUGGUUUUAUUCCUGUCGAUGAUUACGAUAGCUCCUUCUUAUUUUUCUUGCUCAUCAAAGCCACGCAUGAACCCCGCCAAAAACCUCUCUUGCUUUGGCUGCAAGGUGGCCCUGGAAAAUCUUCGCUGUUUGGCCAGUUCCUCGAAAAUGGGCCGCUAGGUAUCAACGCUUCAGGGGGACUCUAUUACAGACAUCAUACCCUGGUCAAACAGUUCCACGUUAUCUACUUGGAUCAACCUGUAGGAUCGGGAUUCAGUUUCGACGAAGAAGAGGAGUACCCCUCUACACUUGAAGAGGCAACUACGCACAUCAUGAGAUUCUUGAGGCGUUUCUUGAGGCUUUUUCCUGAAUACCAAGGACGAAGUUUCUACAUCGCUGGAGAAUCUUACGGAGCACGAUCGGCCAUUGCAGCAGCGCAGAGGGUGCAGACACGGUACCCUUGGGAGCUUCCACUGCGUUUAGAGGGAGUUAUGCUUGGUGUCGGCUUCAUUUUUCCGCUUUUGGAAAUAAUUAACUCAACCGAUUACCUCUAUUACGCGGGACUGCUUGACGAUAACGGUCGACAUUCAUUCGCGGAACGAUUUAACAACAUUCAAAACCUAGUCAGCAUUCGAAAUUUCUCCCUGGCUGCUCAUUUCCUAAGCCAAACUGUUCUCAAUUUGCGCGUCGGCGGGCAGCAAAGCCUAUUCGAAAACUUGACCGGUUUCAAGCACCACGGAAGCAUUAUAAGGCCUGAGAGACCCGCAGAAGUUGGCGCAUACAUGAAAUAUGCAAACAGUGAAAAAUUCAAGAAGAUAAUUCACGUCAAUACUUCCAGAAUUCUGGAUCGUACACGGAUAAAGAUAGCAACACAGUUAGCUGUAGGAGAUUUCUUCGUAGACCUGGAACAAACAUUACUGUCCGUUCUCAACACUAGGCACGUGCUUCUGUACACAGCACAACUGGACGCUGUGUUUCCGGCUGUGAACAUCGAACGCUGCUUCCAGAAGCUGAAAUGGCGAGGUCAGGACAUGUUUAAAAGGGCUAAACGUCAUUUUUGGCACCGAGACAACAAUUCCUCACUCGAGCUGCUUGGCUACGAGAAGAGGGUAGGCGCCGUCAUGUUUAACACCGUGCUCUUCGGCGGCCAUUAUGUGUCCCUUGAUCAAUCAUUCGCAAUAAGUGAUUUGUAUAGCCGGUUUUUAAAGUUUCGAAAAACGGAGCCAUCCAGUGGCAGCGAGGAAGCAUCAUCGUCUGCUCCGGAUGAUGUUCUUAUCUGCACUGAAGAGCUUUCACGUUUUAUGUCAUGAAUAAAUAAUGGAACGGUUAUUUUCAUGGGCUCAAAGACCACGUUCGUACACGGUGGUUUCAAUAAACAUUAC